ACAGCAAGCUAGCUAAAAUUGUAUCUGCUACGUCCUUCUUCUUCUUUCUUGCGUAGUCUUAGUAAACACGAGGCUAGUUUCAAUGGCUGUGACGUCGAAGCAGGUUCCUCAGGUGGAAGACGACAAGUCGCUGAAGAAGAGGAACGAGGAGCUGGAGAGGGAGCUGAGGAAGAGCCAGGAGAGAGAGGAGAGGAUGAAGGCUGAGUUACAGAAGACGUUUGAGAGGCUUAGAGUGGCGGAAGAGGCGGAGGAGAUGCUGUGCUCACAGCUCGGUGAGCUAGAGGCCGAGGCAAUCGAUCAGGCGCGUUCUGAUCACGCGAGGAUUCUAUCCCUGCUGAACCAGCUAGCUCAGGUAUCCUCCUCAACACUGCCGUUGGUGCUCUCUGAGAAAGUCCAUCGUACAAAGGCACUUGUUGAGUGUGAAAAGGACUCCAUAGAUUUGAGUGGUGAUAUGGGUGCUGUAGGACGGGUAAUAGUUUCAGAAUCUAGAUCUGGGCAUAGUGAGAUGUGCCUAGAUUUGAAAGGAACUGUUUACAAAACAACGAUAGUUCCUUCCAGGACAUUUUGUGUUGUUAGCUUUGGUCCAUCCGAGGCAAAGAUAGAAGCUAUCAUGAAUGACUUCAUUCAGCUGAAACCAGAAACAUAUGAAGCUGAAACAAUGGUUGAAGGAACACUAGAGGGUUUCUUAUUUGAUUCGGAAGAUGAGGCCGACAAAGUUCCUAAAACAAUGCCUCAUCAAACUGAUAAGGAUGAGGAUACUGAAGAACAAACCAAUGGGAAAACCAAAGGGAAAGCUGACAAAGCAUCCAAGGUUGUAAAGAAGAGAGAUAAGCCUUCAGGAGGGAAGCCACAGCCACCAAAGAAAGCAAGAAAGAAAACUCAGGUUUCCAAGAAGCCCAAGAACAAAAAAUGAUACAGUUUUGUUUAUUACAUCUUGUGCGGGAGUAGGAGUUAGUUGUUGGAGUAUUUAGUGAAAGUUAAACAUAUAGAGGACAUCGUUCCUGGUUAGAUACAAGUUUGUAUUGUAGGUUGGCUUUUACAUUCUUCUCCAUUGCUUGGAUUCACUGUAGACAAUGAUCCUUAAUCUGCCUGCCUUAAAGUAUUUGUGUAUUACACAAAAAUUCUCUUCUAAAUAAAAUUUUCAGUUUAUCUGUCGA